GGAAGUGCGCAUGAUAGUCGCCUUUUCUCCUACGCCACUAGGAAUAGAACACAGUGUUUCCCUCACCCACCUCCAGGAAAGUAUUAUUUGGUAGACGCUGGAUAUCCGAUGUUAAGAGGCUACCUAAAGCCAUAUCCAGACACAAGAUACCAUAUUCCUGAUUUCGAGCGAGCAAGUGGCAAUAUUCGUGGCAAAAAAGAAAUGUUUAACAAGCGACACUCCGCUUUACGGGGGGUUAUUGAAAGAACUUUCGGGGUGUGGAAGAAGAAAUGGGUCAUUCUACGUGAUAUGCCAUUCUAUUCAUUUCCUAAACAAGUGUAUAUUGUGUUGGCCACCAUGGCACUUCACAACUUCAUCCGACGUCACCCCUCUCAUUCAGAUACGGACUUCAAUAUCAGUGAUGAUGAUGAAAUUAUUGAUACUCUAGAACCUUCAGGAUCUCUAGCUGAUAAUGAGAUGGACUCGAUUGAAUAUGAAACUCAGGAUGGUGAGGGUGCAGUUGAGAUGGCUGCUCUGAGGGAGUCUAUAGCAGAUGCUAUAUAUGAUAGCUAAUCCAGCAAGUCUUUCCUCUGUUCCUACAUUAAUGUCAAAUUUACUUUUAUUUGGAUAAGUACUAAUAUUUUUUUUUCACAGUUAUACAAACAUGACUGCUAGGAUAUCAAGUACAGACAGAGGUAUUUUGUGUUAUUGUGGUCUACCGGCUCCGUUGCUCACAUCGCGUCAGUCUCGUAGCUUUGGGAGGCAGUUCUACGGUUGUGCCAAGGGUGUUUCAGCUCGUUGUGGGUUCUUCCGGUGGGCUGACAGUCCCUCAUAUGACACGGCCAGCAGUCAUGGGAAUCCGGUGUUUUCUGACUUUGACAGAGCAGAUGAGGACAGACGUAGCCAGAGUCUGAAAUUAAACAUUUUAAUAUUUCUGAUUCUAGUUGUACUCGUAUUUGUACUUUUUUUAGUUAUCUUGGUACUCAUGAGGGUGUGAGUAAUGUAUGACAUCUUCUACUUAUGAUCUGUGAUGAUUUCAUGUUUCUGCAUAUGAUCCAGUACUAUCAGUAAGCUAUUCUGAAUAAGCUGCCCCAAACAGUUCUAUUACAAAGGGGCAUGAAUGUCAUUUAAUCAUCAAUAAGCCAUCUUGAAUAAGCUGCCCCAAACAACAAGACAGAUUAUUCUGAUA